GUUGCCGUGGGAACCGCAGCACUGGGCUGCGCCCGCACACCCAGUAGUGAGCGGUACCGAAGCCCGGGCAUGGAGCUGCCGGAUCCGGUCCGCCUGCGGCUGGGAAACUUCAGCCGGACCGUGUUCAGCGACUCCAACCGGACUGGGCCGGAGUACAACGAAGGUCCGGAUAAUGAAAUGGUUUCCAGUUUGGCACUGCAGAUGUCACUUUAUUUUAACACUUACUUUUUCCCACUUUGGUGGGUGAGCAGCAUGAUGAUGCUUCAGAUGAAGUAUUCCAUCUUGCCUGAUUACUACAAAUUCAUUGUGGUCACUGUUAUCAUCUUAAUAACCUUAAUUGAAGCUAUCAGGUUGUAUCUGGGCUACAUGGGUAACUUACAGGAGAAGGUUCCUGAGUUGGCUGGCUUUUGGCUUUUGAGCCUUCUAUUGCAGUUGCCUUUAAUUCUUUUCUUGCUCUUUAAUGAAGGCCUAACAAAUCUGCCCUUGGAAAAAGCAGUACACAUCAUCUUCACUAUGUUCCUUACUUUCCAAGUUGUUUCAGCAUUUCUUACCUUGAGGAAAAUGGUAAAUCAGUUGGCAACUCGUUUCCACCUCCAAGACUUUGACCGGCUUUCGGCAAAUAGAGGAGGCAUAAGAACAAUGAGAUCCUGUAUAGAAGAGAUUUGACCCAGUGCUGUUGAGUGAAAAUCUUAAAGAUCUUGCCAGAAGACUGCAAAAGUUAAGAAAAAUCAGAGAUCUAGCAUGAGAUAAAGGACAAAGCAAGUUUUGGAAUUAUAUACUCUCUAGCUCUGAAAUUCCAAAUUUGGGGGCAGUAAGACUGUACAGUAUAUGAAAGCAGUAAGUUACCCCUAAAGCCUAGACGUUCUUUACCUGAUGCCAAGUAACUUAAUUUUUAGUUUGUUGUCAACUUUCUCAGGUGUGUAGAAUUCUGUGUUGGUGGUCACAGUUUACCAGCUUUACUGUAAUAUUUCUGGUUAACACCUGUAACUAGAAAUGUGUAUAUUUCUUUUAAACUUGUUGGCUGUCCAUAUCUUGACAGUAUAUCUGAAGCACAUGGAAAUGCUUGUCAAUAUUCUUGUGCAUUAGACUAUAUUUGUAAACAAAGACACCAAGUGUUCCUGUCUGCUAUGGUUAAAUUUUAACCCUGGUUUUAGCCUUUACACUGAGAUUGAGAAGAAAACAGGUGGAUUAUCAUGGUAUUUAGGAAGUAUUUUUAUCAUAAAUUUGUAACUUUUGUAAAAUCAUGUUCAGUAUUUAUGGUGGUGUGCAAAAUGUCUUUACUAUAAAUUAUAAAAUAUUUAUGUUAAAGUAGCUGCACAAAUCAUUCUUGUCUUGUAUGGUUCUUUUGAAUCAUGGGUUUGUUAUCUUUAUUACAGAGUUACAAGGGAAGGAAGGAGAAAAAAUAUAUAUUGGAGAGCCUUCUAUGUAGUGGGCACUGUACUAAGCACAUUAA